UUCCAGUGGUGAGGAAACAGGACAUUUAAUCACCAACCAUCUUCACAUUCUUUCUGUCGCACCUCGCCCGGUUGGAUUACUUAUCGGUUUACGCCAUAUAUUUGCUUAAAACCACGCUUUUAAUGCGCCAGGCUCUUCUAAAAUACUCUCAGUUUUUGGUGUGUGUGUUUCUGCAGACACACCCUCUGAAGUGAAGGAGCAGAAACCGAGCAUUUUCUCACUGUUUUUUCCUGUUAUCUGUUUUUUACUCUAUAUUGAAGUAUGGCUUUCCCAGGAUACGGAGCACCACCCGGGGGCAUGGCGCAGGAUCCAAUCUACGGAUAUUUCACAGCUGUAGCUGGACAGGACGGACAGAUCUCAGCAGACGAGCUGCAGCGCUGCCUCACACAGUCCGGCAUCGCUGGAUCCUACAAACCGUUCUGCCUGGAGACGUGCAGACUGAUGAUCACCAUGCUGGAUGUAUCCUUCCUCAGGCCUUUCUCACACCCAUAGCCGUGGGAACAUGUUUCAAAUGGGGGG